AUGGCUUUCGAUGAGAAUCCCUUGAGCUUCGGCUCUGGAAACGGUCUCGGUGCCGGGUUUCUUCACCCUUUCCACAACGGCACCAGACAGCACGGGUCUGGAGGCCCUCACAAUCAGAAUAAUGGCUUCGGCCAAAACUCGACUGGAGGACAAGGUGCCACAAAUAGAAAGUCCGGGAGCAAAUAUCGGCGAGGCAAGAACAUAGCUGCUAAUCAGCAGACACCUCGUCCGAACCAAUUUCAGGGACCGGCCCAGCAACCCGGCUCCCCUCACCGCGGGAGAGGUCGCAACCUCCCAAGGAACAAUCGUCAGCAGCGACCACCAAUGCCCUUUGGGAAUUCCGGGUUGUCCACUGGCCGGCGUGGGCGUAAGGCUCACAAUGGUCACCGGUUUAGGGACAUUGUGAUGAGAGACGCUCCGGCUCUCAUCCAGGCAAGCGUCGAUGAACCAAGAGACGUCGAAAUGACUGAGGCCCCGCCCCUCUUGGAACCAAUUGAAUACCUCGCCAGGGGGGCGCUGGCAAUUCAAGAUCUCGCCACCUCUAUGCUAAGCCUUGCCCUUAGUGGUGAGGCAGGGAGCAUCACUCCGGAGGUCGAAAUGACCGAUGCUCCCUUCUUCUUCUUUUAUUAA